AUGGUGCUAGCAGUGACCGGCAAGGAGGAGGAAGAGCGGCUACUGCGACAGCAUACCUUGCAGGAACAGGAAGAGGAGGAAGACAACGAUAUCGGGCAAGACGAGUUUCAAGUAGACGACGACGCGGGCGUCAUCAUGAAUCCGAACUUGGGCGAGAAUCUUACAGAUAUCAUCAUGAAGGAAGUUAUGGAUGAUUGGACGGUAAAAAUACCAAAAAAUCACAAGCUGACCGUUCACCUUUAUCAAUCUGACAUUUGA